GAUACUCAUAUGUAAAAAAAUUUAAUUUUAAAUACAAUUUUAUUGCAAAAAGUUUUGCAAUCUUUUAAACUAUUUAUAAUUUUAAAAAAAUUUAAGUUACACACAAUGUUUGAAGAACAAAAUCAUGAAGAAGCAGUUUUGAGAUUAAUGAGAAUUUUAAAGGACUUUUCAUUCAAGAUUGAAAUAGCGAUAUGUCUUUCAGAAAUUUUCAAAGAGGAAAAAUUAAUGAAAAUUCUGAAACCAAGUGAACAGCAAUUAUUUGAAAAUAUUUACGAUUCCUACAAUUUUUUACAGAAAAAUGAAAAACCUGAAAUUUUUCAAGAAGAAUCCAUCAUUGUUGAUUCAAAACUAACAUUGUUACUGGAGAUUUUAUAUAAUUAUCCCGAGGUGAGAAAAUUAACGAAGAAAUUUCUAGAAAAUGCGUCAACACAAAUGAAGCAUUUAAUUAAAUGCGUGAAUAUAUUUAAUGACGUUGUUGAAAAACAAAUAAGAACUACUCCAAGUGAAGAAAGAAAAUAUAAAUUAAAACUUAAAAAUGCUUCAGCAACUCUUGAAAAAUGUAAAACUGAACUUGAACCUUUAAAAACAAUCUUAAAUGAACAAAGAAAAAAACAUACGCAAUUUGUAAAAGGAAUUUUGGAGGAAAUCACUAAAUGUGAAACAAUUAUUAAAGAAACACAAACGGAACACCAUAAAAAUAUCACAAAAAUUGUAAGUGAUUCAGAAUCAGAAAUGGUUAGCACGUAUCUAGAAAUGCGAGAAAAGCAGGAAGCCAUAGAAAAUCAAAUUGUGAUUCACGAAGAAGAGUACAAGAAAUUAUUAGAUGAGUGCACAAGUCGUGAGAAAAUUGUCCAUGAAGCACAUUUAAAAUCUGAAAAACAAUUAAUUUCGUCCCUCAUAAAUUACGAUACCAACAUUACUGCUCUUCAUUUGUCAAAAAAAGAAUUAUCAUCCGAUUUAAAUAAUCUAAUAAUGGAGUUUAAAAAUCUUCAGGAUGCUUAUAAUACCCAAGCAACGUCUUAUGCAAUAUUAAAACAAGAAAAAGAGGAAGCCUUAAUGAAAGCAUUUGCUGAGAAAAUGGAAAAUUUCUCCAUAAACAGAGCAGCGAAAAUUAUACAAAGAACUUGGAGGGAGUAUCGUGUUAGAAUGUCAUCAAAAAGGAAGAAAAAAUCAAAAAAGAAUAAAACUCCACGACGAUAAUAAUUUAUCACUAUAAAAACUUAAAAAAAAAAAAUUAAUUACUUUACCGUUAACCGGGGCUUUUAUACUCAAAAACGGUACUUUUUUACUCAGUAAGUUUUACUCCUGUAAGUUAGAUACAAAAAAAAAAGUUUUUACCCAGAUUUAUAGAAAAUUGAACUGGCGAGUAUAAUAGCCCCGCGGUUGGGGCUAGUAUACACAGGAAAGUUUGUUUAUUUAUAAAAUAUCCUCAAUAUUUUUUUAUACAGCUUUAGCUAUAUGAAAUAUUUUCUGCAGAUACUCUAGAUUAGGAUAAAAAAUAAAAAUUUUUUAAAAAAUUUUAUAACAUUCAACAAAUUUGAAAGUUAAACAUUUAAAUUUUAUUAAAAUUUAUUUUUA